AUUCAUCCGUCGCUGCAAUAAAGAAAGAAGAAUCAAGAUGGCUCUCGAAAUCUGCGUGAAAGCUGCUGUUGGUGCUCCUGAUCACCUCGGCGACUGUCCGUUCAGCCAACGGUCUCUGCUCACACUCGAGGAGAAGAAUCUUACCUACAAAAUCCAUCUGAUUAACCUCUCUGACAAACCCCAGUGGUUCUUGGACAUUAGUCCUCAAGGGAAAGUACCAGUUCUUAAGAUCGACGACAAGUGGGUGACUGAUUCCGACGUCAUCGUUGGUAUCCUCGAGGAGAAGUAUCCUGAUCCACCUCUCAAGACUCCUCCUGAAUUUGCCUCUGUUGGAUCCAACAUUUUCAGUACUUUCGGGACUUUCUUGAAGAGCAAAGACUCCAAUGACGGAUCUGAACAGGCCUUGCUUCAUGAGCUAGAAGCCUUGGAGAACCAUCUCAAGAGUCACGAUGGUCCUUUUAUCGCAGGGGAAAGAGUUUCCGCGGUGGAUCUAAGCUUAGCACCAAAGCUUUACCAUCUCCAAGUCGCUCUUGGCCAUUUCAAAAGCUGGACUGUCCCCGCGAGCUUGCCCCAUGUCCACAACUACAUGAAGGAUUUGUUCUCUCUCGACUCCUUCGAGAAAACUAAGACCGAGGAAAAGUAUGUGAUCUCUGGAUGGGCUCCUAAGGUCAACCCUUGAAACUAUGCACCGUUAUGAGAUUGUUGGUGUGGUAAUGUUGUUCAAGGUCUCUCUCUUAUAUCAGUCAAAUAAUGUACUUGGACCUUUCAUGUUAUGUAUUGUAUCAACCAAAUAAGAAGCAUAGUUUGAAAUAAGAUUUGCGUCCAUAU